AAUAGGCGUGUCCACAAUACAUGCGCGAUCAUUCGGGUGGUGCUCGUCCAGCAAACUUCUUUCUGACACACGAUGGGCAUUGGUCCCUUUGCGAGUCCGAUCAGCGACGACCAACUGAACGACAUCAAAAGUCUCAUCGAGACUGUACUGACAACCUUCACCGUGCAGUACUCGAAGGCCUACGCUGUCGCGUUAGUCAAGCAUAUUGAAGAGGAACUGAAGAAGGAGAAACCGGACGAGUGGAAGCUGCUGGAAAGGCCGGUACAGAAGGAUUCCAACACAAGACCGCUCAAAACCGGAUAUCUCGUGAAGCAGGGUGCAAUACGGAAGAAUUGGCUUCGACGCUUUUUUGUCGUGAGGCCGGAUUAUAAAGUUGAUUACUAUGAGACUAAAGAGACGUAUGACGCGGGCGGCAAGCCGAAGGGAACCGUUGCGGCGUGCGGUUACGGUGUGUCGACAAAUGUAGCGAAGGAUCUUCUUGCACGCGCUCAAGACGUAGCUGCGAAGUUGGGUAUGGAAGCUGGUGAUAUUUCACCUGUGAAAUCGUAUCCAGAAUUCUGUUGGGAAGUCCACCAUAUUCGACGCCGCUGCUGGUUCAUUCAUGCCACCAGUAAGAAUGAGAAAGAAGAGUGGACAAGAAUGUUCAAGCUGUGCUGCAGACGCUGUGAUGGUUACAACAACAAAGACCCUGUACACAUUGCAGCUUUUCAAUUAGCAACCAGAAAGACUAGACAUGAACUGGGUCAUUACAGGUACUGGGUAUACGGUGGUACAGAGGAACAGGUGCUCGGUGAUCUGAUCGUAGAUGACCUGGAGUGUACACUGUUAAAAGACAUCUACAGCAAGAUCAAAGGCCCACGUGAUGUGAGAAUUGCUAUUAGAAGCAAGGUUCUACAGGUUAUCGAUAGUUUAGUGAUGGCAGCAGUAACUCCCGCUUACAAAGCAAUGGAGGCAGCAGUAAAGGUGAUACGUGGUCGCAUAGAGGAAGUCAUUCGUUCAAAGAUUGAACCAUUGUUCAAAGCCAAACAGGAAAUCAAGGAAAAAAUCCAGAGUGCCAUACUGGAAACUAUUAAUCCCACGUUAGCAGAGAAAGUAUCCCCAAGGCUAGCAGGCAUCAUAGAAAUUUUGAUAUCGCCGAUGACAGAAGCGUUUCAGGAGACGCGUGUUGUCUUCGAUGACCAAAUGACACUGCUUGCACGAACAGUCAAGGAAAAGAAUGGAUUCGGUGAAAGCCUAACAUCUUAUUUCCAUGAUCUUGACUGCACACCAAGAACAAGUGCGAUGUAUGAUGCCUUCAAGAAAGUCAAAGUGAUGAAGGAUCCACUCUGGGCUCUACAUCAGUUCUUCAAUGACAUCACGCCAUCGCCACUCAUCCAUGAAGCAAAGGAAACUCUGAGCAAAAUUCUUGACAUGGCUAUCUACACAUUUGAGAAGCUGCUAGAAGAGGAAGUUACUGCCCAACCAAGCAUAUUGUCAGAUGGUGUCGCCGCAGAAGGAGCAGUGCAACAACUAAAAGACAGUGUACAGCAAAAAUUUGGUGCAGACGCUGAUACAGCGACAGUCGCCUACUACAGAAAUACAGUAAUGAAAAUUGUAAUGCCAUUCUUGCUUAAAGUGGUGACACCAUUGACAAAACCAGUACUCGAACCAAUCAAUGACCUCAUUCCCGAGCCAUUCAAAGAAGUCAUUGAUAUUCAGGAUGAGUUUGAGAGUGUGCUGGAAGGUAUCGUAGGAGGAUCUAUUGACACAGUCAUCGAACAUGUGACUGCUUCAUAAGUUGCUGCAUUUUAAGUCAAGAGAAACUGCUGUUACAGGACGGAAUGGUUUUGCUUAGUAUAAACUUCCUUACUAUGGAAUUGUGGCCUUUUUAAAAACCUGUUGACAGUUGAUGUGAUGCCAUUGUUUACUUCAGAAGUUUUGUGAGCUCAGAAUGGCACCUGAUGUUACAUUUCCAAGAAGGGGUGUUUCUAAAGUUUUAGUCAGAUUCUAGAGCCAUUGUGUCUGA